CCGGCCCCGCCCCGUUGCCAUUCCGCGCCCAAAGAGGUUUAAACCUUAAUGGUUGGUUCUUCGGAUUGAGGAUCAGCAUAUGCUGAGUGGCAGUGGCGGGGAUAAAAUUGUAAUGUCCACAGGCUUCUUCGUCCGUUAAAAACUUCCUGCACGGGCUACGGAACUAACUGCUUGAGAGCGAAGGCGAGACGAAGAAGCGGCCGCUGCAACUUACCAACGCAGUACGAACCAGAGCCCAUGAAAAUCCAAUUUUCUCGCCCAAUCAUUCGAAUUUACUUCCAAAAUAUAAAUACAUAACCUCCCUAUUCCUCCCCUCGAAAAUUCCCAGUCGUCGAACUACAGAUUCUCCUCAAGCGCUCUCUCUCUCUCUCUCUCUCUUAGAGGUCCAGAUGGUCUUUACUCUUGAGACGAUUUGUUUACAAAUACUGUUUUGAAUAAGAACUGAAUUACAAGACAUUACAAUGGAAGAAAAACCAUUUCCUGCCUGGUCUUGGUCGGUCGAGCGGUGCCUCAAGGAAUACAGUGUUAAACUAGAAAAGGGCCUGAGCUCCUACGAGGUUGAGAAGCGGCGAGAGAGGUAUGGCUGGAACGAGCUUGAGAAAGAAAAGGGGAAGCCUCUAUGGUGCCUUCUCUUGGAACAGUUUGAUGACAUGCUUGUCAAGAUUCUACUGGUUGCAGCCUUUAUCUCACUUGUUCUUGCUUACUUGCAUGGGCACGAAUUCGGAGAGACGGGCUUUGAGACCUAUGUGGAGCCUUUUGUAAUUGUCAUGAUUCUUGUGCUUAAUGCCGUAGUUGGGGUUUGGCAGGAGACUAAUGCUGAAAAGGCUCUGGAAGCCCUUAAAGAGAUGCAAUCUGAGUCUGCCAAGGUUCUUAGGGAUGGUUACUAUGUUCCAGACCUCCCGGCACGAGAGCUUGUCCCAGGUGAUAUUGUGGAACUACGGGUUGGAGAUAAGGUUCCUGCUGACAUGAGAGUUGCAGCCCUGAAGACCUCAACGCUGAGAGUUGAGCAGAGCUCACUGACAGGAGAGGCARUGCCUGUCCUCAAAGGUGUGAACCCCAUCUUUAUGGAUGACUGCGAAUUGCAGGCUAAAGAAUCUAUGGUUUUUGCGGGUACAACGGUUGUAAACGGGAGCUGCAUUUGUAUUGUUGUUAGCACAGGGAUGCGUACCGAGAUUGGGAAGAUCCAGACACAAAUACAUGAAGCAUCACUAGAAGAGAAUGAUACCCCUCUGAAGAAGAAGCUCGAUGAAUUUGGUGGAAGGCUGACAACUGCAAUUGGGCUUGUUUGCCUUGUUGUAUGGGUGAUCAACUAUAGAUACUUCCUAACCUGGGACCUCGUGGAUGGUUGGCCAAAGAAUUUCCGGUUCUCUUUUGAGAAAUGCACCUACUACUUCAAGAUAGCUGUUGCCCUCGCAGUUGCUGCAAUUCCAGAGGGGCUUCCUGCCGUAAUUACAACUUGUUUGGCCUUGGGUACCAGAAAAAUGGCACAAAAGAAUGCAAUUGUAAGAAAGCUUCCAAGUGUGGAGACAUUAGGAUGUACUACUGUAAUUUGUUCAGAUAAGACUGGGACCCUCACAACCAAUCAGAUGUCGGUAACUGAAUUCUUCACAUUGGGAGGGAAGACAACAGCAUCUCGAGUUUUUCGUGUUGAAGGCACAACUUACAACCCYAAGGAUGGGAGCAUUGUGGACUGGACUUGCUACAAUAUGGAUGCUAACUUGCAAACCAUGGCAGAAAUAUGUGCAGUCUGCAAUGAUGCUGGGAUCUUUUGCACUGGUCGCCUCUUCCGAGCCACAGGUUUGCCCACUGAGGCAGCUCUCAAAGUUUUGGUUGAAAAGAUGGGGGUUCCAGAUGCUAAGGCAAGUAACAGGAUAAGAAACACACAGCUUGUGGCAGACUAUUUGAUUGACCGCAGCACUGUCAAACUAGGUUGUUGUGAAUGGUGGGCAAAAAGAUCGAAGAGGAUUGCAACGUUGGAAUUCGAUCGCAUUCGUAAGUCAAUGAGUGUUAUUGUCCGGGAGCCAACUGGACAAAACCGACUUCUUGUCAAGGGUGCUGUUGAGAAUGUUCUGGAACGCAGUACACAUGUGCAGCUAGCAGAUGGAUCAAUUGUUCAAAUUGAUGAUCCAUGUAGGCAGCUAUUACUGUUGCGACUAAUAGAAAUGAGUUCAAAGGGAUUGCGUUGCUUGGGUUUGGCAUAUAAGGAUGACUUAGGAGAGUUCUCAGACUACUAUGCAGAGAGCCAUCCUGCUCACAAGAAGCUGCUUGAUCCUGUUAACUACUACUCCAUUGAAAGUAACCUAGUUUUUGUAGGGGUUGUUGGUCUCAGAGAUCCUCCUCGUGAUGAAGUAUACAAAGCAAUUGAAGAUUGUAGAGAAGCUGGCAUUAAGAUUCUGGUGAUCACUGGAGAUAAUAAAUCAACAGCUGAGGCUGUUUGUCGGGAAAUUCGACUAUUUCCUAGUGGUGAGGACCUUAGAGGAAGAAGCUUUACAGGUAAGGAGUUCAUGUCUCUUUCCUCUGCAAAACAGAACGAGAUUUUGUUAAAACCUGGAGGGUUGGUUUUUUCUCGCGCUGAGCCCAAGCACAAACAAGAAAUUGUAAGGAUGCUGAAGGAAAGGGGUGAGAUUGUUGCAAUGACUGGUGAUGGUGUGAAUGAUGCACCUGCACUGAAGUUAGCUGAUAUUGGAGUCGCAAUGGGCAUCACUGGAACUGAGGUCGCAAAGGAAGCGUCAGACAUGGUUCUUGCAGAUGACAACUUCAAUACCAUUGUUUCUGCUGUUGCUGAGGGUCGCUCAAUUUAUAAUAAUAUGAAAGCUUUCAUCAGGUAUAUGAUAUCAUCUAAUAUUGGAGAAGUCAUCUCGAUCUUCUUGACAGCUGCACUGGGCAUACCAGAAUGUUUGAUACCAGUACAGCUGCUUUGGGUCAAUUUAGUCACUGAUGGCCCACCUGCAACAGCUCUUGGUUUUAACCCUGCAGAUGUUGAUAUCAUGCGGAAACCACCCCGCAAGAGUAAUGAUGCACUUAUCAAUUCUUGGGUUCUUUUUCGUUAUAUGGUAAUCGGUUCAUACGUUGGGAUUGCAACUGUUGGCAUAUUUAUUUUGUGGUACACCCAGUCUUCCUUUCUGGGCAUCGAUCUGGUCAGUGAUGGACACACGCUAGUCAGCUUGUCUGAGCUCCGCAAUUGGGGGAACUGCCCCUCGUGGUCAAAUUUUAGUGUGGCCCCAUUCACUGUCAGUGGUGGGCGUGUGAUCACUCUCUCAAAUCCCUGCGACUACUUCUCUACCGGUAAAGUGAAGGCAAUGACUCUGUCUUUAUCCGUAUUGGUGGCGAUCGAGUUGUUCAAUUCUUUCAACACCUUGUCGGAAGAUAACAGCUUGGUCAGGAUUCCACCUUGGAGGAACCCUUGGCUCUUGGUAGCAAUGUCAGUAUCAUUUGGACUCCAUUUGUUUAUACUCUAUGUGCCAUUCCUUGCCAACGUCUUUGGCAUUGUCCCACUAAGUCUGAACGAGUGGUUACUGGUAAUCUUGGUCUCCUCGCCCGUGGUGCUCGUCGAUGAGAUUCUCAAAUUUGCCGGGAGGAAUCGGAGAUGGAGAUCCUAUAAGAAUAAUAAUAAGAAAGAUUGAUAGUUUCAAGCUUGGGCAUCACUCCUUGUCAGGACAAUUAAAAGGUGCAUAUAUUUUUAUUUUCUAGUUUAUACAUAUUCUUUAACAGCUGGGUUUCCUUUUAGAUAGUACUGCGUAGGAAGAAGCAACACUUGUGUUUGUCUAUAUAUGAUGAACUGGAAGAAAUGGAAAUGUAUGUAUUUCACUAUAUCAUAGAUGCCUGCUGCCUCCCUGAAAAAGCAAUAAAGCAUCAGAAUGCAGUGCUGAUGCCAGGUGGGCAACGCAAGGGGUGAGGUUGGGUUUCUCUAGAGCUGUGUUUGGUUGGAAUUGGAUGGAAGGAACGCGCGCCAAAGUUGAAAGUUGAACCUGUAGCAGUAGCAUGCAAUAUUGCAUUUAACGUAGCUUUGCAAUAACCAGCCAGAGUUGGUCAGCUCCACCAGGGACAGCCGGACAGGGAGAGCCAGCCUCAGCCUCACCUUACAUCUCAGUCAUAUUAUAUCUCAUUAGAUGGCAUGAAAUUCCUGAGAAGCGAUCUUCAUGGCUUCUAUUUGCUGCUUGUUUGGUGUUGUUUUGCUGGCAAAAACAAAUCCUGUUGGUUGUUAUAAUUAUCAUUUUCUAAUGUAACUAUGUUAUUGUAGUUACCACAGCUCUUAUAUGGUCAAAAGAACUAGAAUGUUUGAAUAACAUUAUACUCUAAAAACAUAGGGUUACGUUGUUAAUAUCUAACAACAAAAAAAAUCAAAUGA